AUGCCAGACUUGGCGUGUACCAGAUGCCGAGAGCGCAAGAUACGCUGCGGCCGGGAACGGCCUCAUUGUCGUAACUGUGAGAGAGAGGGCGGUGUGAUUUGCCUGUAUCGGAUUCCUGCCAAACGCGUAAAUCACCUAAAGUUAUUGUGCGGUAGCAUUGAACGACUGCAGGAUCGAUUGACGAUAAUCGAGUCUCACCUUAGUCGACUCCAAGGUCUUGGCCCCCGGACUCCGGGGUUCGAAGAGGACCACGAAUCAUCACAACCAAGAACCUUGCUAGAGGGUGUAUCUGCAACAAGUAGUUGCGUUGAUAUUGACGAUGAAGAGGAGCACAAGGAGGAGGUUUCCGGGAUUCUUGCCCCUAAACAGUCAGAUUAUUACUUUGGACGCUCAUGCGUUGCUGUUCUGUGCAAAAACCUCAAGGUAAGGGUUCAGUCGGUACCCCACGCAACAGGGCCUAUAUGGCGACCGCUCUGCGAAAUGUUGCAGCAUAUAUGCGAUAUCACAAAAGUAUCCGAACCUAUCCCGUCAUACAGUGACCGGCUCGUCGUUCCACUGCUGCCUAGGCAGCAAGCUACCGCUGCCAUAGAUCGGUUCCUCCAGAACCUAGACUGCCAGACCGAUGUUUUCGUACCGGACAAUCUAAGGGCCAACCUCCAGCGCCUGCACUCGCAGCAUCAGCCGCAGCCCGAUGAUGCCGCGUGGGGCAUAUGCUUCCAGACCAUUGCCCUGCUGGCCCGGGUCACAUUCCAAGCUACGCAGGGAUUGUUUGAAAACUUUGUGCAUUCCUUUGUACCCAGCAGGGCGGUAGUGGCUUGCCCCGGUCUGCUAAAUACGCCUAGACUCAUAAACGUGCAGGCUUUGCUUCUCCUCAGUGUUGCGGCACAAGCUUUCGACUAUUCUGGAUCGGCAGAGUUGAUAUUCGCCCAUGCGUGCACACUGGCGCGAAUCUUAGGUUUGAAUUGCAGCCAAGUUUCAGACCACGGCGACAUUGAACAGGUCGAACGAGCCAAGGUACUUCGAGCACUGUACGUCCGUGAUAGAAGUUUGUAUACGCUUCGUGGAUCAGUGCUUUGGAUGCCCUGUGACGAAUAUAACAUCGCUACUCAGUUGCGUGCAACUAGUAAUGAGUUAGGGAAGCACUCAACCCGGUUCCAUCUAGCCCUGGUGCAGGAAGACAUACACCGACUGGCUCAAGUCGGCUCGAAUUCCGCGAACGCACAUGACAGCCAAGAACUGCUGAUGCGCAUUGAAAAGCAGCUUGAUGAGUAUGGUCGAACAUUGUAUUUAUUCCACCGCCAAAACGCUCCGUCAGAAUGCUGUGGAUCCCAUGCUAUAGAUACGAUGGAGUUCUUGGCAACGCGAAUCAUGGCGUAUCAACAUGGACAGGAAUCAUAUCACACGCGACAAAUUCAGCAAGAUGCGCGGUUGAGCUGCUUGCUUUUGCUGAUAGCACACGGGGACCAGGAUCCGGCGAUUUCAUACUGCUUCAACGCUUUGUUAACGGGAGAAAAAACCACACCAAAUAGCAACCAUCAGUCUCAUUGUUUCCCUAAAGUGUCAUUCACGAGUGUGUUAGACGCGUUCUCCGUUCCCGCCUUUUUCAUUCUAUUACAAGAUCUUCUCAUGUCGCGCCCGCGUGAAACUCCAGCUGGCAUGAUAUCCGAUUUGGAUUUGCUGCGGCGGGUGUCAGCUUGCUAUACCGAUCAUGCUAGUCGAAUGCCGGCAAAUACCUACCACCAAAAGUUAGCCUGGGUAUUUACACAAUUGAUGUCUUUGGUUCGCGUUGUUGUGGACGCACGUUUGGGCUGUCAUUUCAUUGACUCACCUCGGGCCCCUGCUCAGAAUGACCUCCCCAGUCCACCAUACUGGCCAGUGGCUCAUCAAGCAACCGCACCUCCAAAUUGGGAGAGUUGGCUCAGUGGAGCAUCAUCGCUGGCACUAUCUACUAUUGGCCCUGCAACACCGCUCGGAACAUGGAACGCUAGCACGCAGGCCUUUGAUGGUGGACAGUUGAUACCGUGGCCGACAGCAAGCGGGAUGUCGCCUGUGGCACCGACAAAUUGA